AUGGAUGUUCAGUCAGGUCACUGUGAAUGGAUAGCUGCGUCUAAUACAAACACAUCUACCGAAGAACUCAUUAGCUCUAUUGCUGGUCUAAGUUUCGAAGAAACCCGAUUGCUAUGGGGAAAUAGUGGGUAUGCUGCUGUAUCUACUCAAGAUGUUAUGGGGAACCGUCCGCUCCCAUUCAGUGCCACGCCAUGGGAUAUUUCUUCAAGUCACGCUACUUCACAUUCCAUACCAGUGGGGCGUGGCCGCCGUGACAAGCCGAAUGGCACAGCUCCGGAGUCUAAUCUGAAUGACGGAAGCAUUCUGAUGUCACCAGGAUCCAAAGACAUGGUGACUUUAGGAAUGCAAAUGGCAGAUCACGUCCUAAGUAACUCUCCAGGAAGUGGAGCUCAGUUUUUCAGAGAUCUUUCCGAGAAUUUGUCGAGUGCAUUUCCUCAUCGACCAGCACCUAAUUCACUCAGUGGAUCUCAAUCUAUUGCAUUAAAUUCUUUCCAAUACGAUUCAAAUGGGAGACCAGUGUUCCCCAGUGAAUCAGAUGGCUUGCAUCAAAACCAGUCUCUGCAAUCUGCAACUAACGGACUAAUUUCAAAUUGCUUUAGUCCAGCUCAAUAUUAUUUGCGUCCUCCAACGGCUGCAACACAGUCUCUACAACCUCAAGUACCGUAUUCAAUCAUACCUAACAGGUCAUCAGAGUAUGUUCAUGCAAACAACUUUCCUUCUGAUGCACUUAAUUGCGAACCGUGUAAUCCUGUUCAACCAGAAAACUUGUUACCUUAUUUUAUUAACGUUCCAACAAAUAAUGAUCCCUCAGCGUCUAACAUACCUGCAGAAUCUUUCAGUAUGUUUACUGGUCCUCAUAUGAGUCGAGAUCAACGUCCAUCAAGCCAGUCUGACAACACAACUCAGUUAGUUCCUCUGAUUCCUCAUCCAGACCAUAUCAACAGUCUACAGCCUAUGAAGUAUAAUUCUUCAUGUGCUAACGGAGAAAAUAAAAGUCAGGCAUACACUGCUUUCCCAGGUGCUACAUUUUCUGGUGUGAAUCAGUUGAACACAUGCUUGGACUUCAAUAGCAAUGAAUUCUUAUCUAACACUUCACUUCUUGGUCAGGUUUCUUUAGCUGGCAAUGAAGGUUACUUACCAACAGUUAUUCGUUCUAAUGGACCGAAUUCACAGGAUAUGAACAACUUUGGAAGUUUAACAAACUUUCCUUCUAUGAAUUCAGAUUUUUAUAUGAAUGGACCUUAUAGCGGUCUUGCAGGAAAUCGAACAAUGGAACAUGGACCAUCUGAACAGUCUACUAAUGGAUUAGUUACGAACUCACCCUUCGGUCAUGUACAGUACGGACAGCAAAAAUUCCAACAUUCAGUUUACCCUCGAGGUGUAUCACCAGCUCCUGGAGACCAAUCAAGUAUGCAACCACCCAAUGGACCGAAUAUGAACAAUUGUCCUAUACACCCUGCAGAUACAAUGAACACUCAAACUCCUAUGCUCAAUACUUUUGUAGGACCACAAUUAUUGGAGCCUCAAUUAAUGGGCAAUCUCAAGCAGGCAAUAACUUUCAAAAUUUGUCAGGCAGUGGUUUAUACCAGUCUCUUAUUCAACCGAAAGAUUCUCCUGUACAUAUCCAAACGCAAACACUUCAGCCAGCUCCGAGUGACCAGCAGCAACAGUCUGCAACUCUAUUCGCACAUACUUUCCAGUUGCUAG